AAGAAUUUCUUCAUUUUCUUCCCUUUUUCUUGCUCCCUGUGUAAUUUCCUUGAUCAUCUCUCUCUCCUCAUUUUCUCAGCAUCCACGUUUCUUAGCCGUGAAAGGGUUCGGAUUACAAUAAAGGUUGAAAUUUUUCACAUCGAGAGAGCUGGACAUGAGCGAUUCUAGCGAUUUCACCUUUUGCCAGGUUGGCUUGCAAUCCAAUGAUGAUCAUUUGGAGUCACCUGAAAAAGUUCCCAACAUCAGCAAGAUCAACCUUGAUGAAAGUUCCAAGGAUGGUGUGAAUAAUCAUAUUAACAAUGCAAUCCAAGACAACAAGUCACAUGACAAUGAAACAAAGUGCCCAGAGUUCAGUGCUUCUCCAUGUAACAAUGGUGGUGAGUUGGACUCAUCAACAGCAAAAUUGAUGGAGAAAACUGGACAUGCACAGGAGGGGGUACAGGAAAAGAAACCCACUGUGAAAAAGCCUGCAGCAAGAGCAAAGGUCCCUUUUGAGAAAGGGUAUAGCCAAAUGGACUGGUUAAAACUUACUCGUACUGAUCCUGACCUUGCAGGGCUUAGAGGACGGUCGAAUAGACGGCUCAUUUCCUUGGAUGAAGUUAAACAACAUAAGACAGAAGGUUCUGUGUGGACUGUUUUGAAGGGUCGUGUUUAUAAUAUUUCUCCGUAUAUGAAAUUUCAUCCUGGAGGUGUUGAUAUGCUUAUGAAGGCGGCUGGAAAAGAUUGCACUGCUUUGUUCAACAAAUAUCAUGCGUGGGUGAACGCUGAGUUCCUUCUAGAGAAGUGCCUUGUCGGAAUGUUAGAUGAUACCGUCUGAAGGGCCAUGGAUCAGACUCAGUGAUUCAACUCUAUUCUCAUAUUGAUUCCAUUGUACCAAUUCAUUAGACCUCAACUAUAUAUACGGAGGCGAAUACGCUUAUAAGGUAACUAUGUAUAAGAAAACUAUUUCCUCCUUGGGUUGAUUGAAUUUGUGCUAUUUGAGGAAGAAUUUCUUUAUA